GUGUAGGAAUGGCUGGAUGAGGCUUCAACUCAGCAGGAGCGCAGAGGAGUCCGGAUCACUUUUAUCGAAAAUACCGCCGCGUCCGUCUUCAAGACCACCAUUUCGCCCAAGCAGUCAAUUGCCGUUCAGACAAGAAAGCAAAGUUCCAGUGCAGCCACCGACUUUUCAGUCAACGGGUUUUUCUGCGCAGGUGUCUGAACUGCUUGAGCUCAUUACGCCUUCCGAAGCUUCGGAGCGAGUUGCAAAGGAGCUCGCAGCAUACACACAGUCGAUUAUUCAAGAGAUGCUGUCUGGAGCUUCGGUGGAAGGAUUUGCAAACGCAGAUGUCCUGCGAGGAACAGCAUUUGGAGUUGCAGUUCCGGAGAUAGAUUUGGUAGUUUCAGCAGACCCUGAUUGCUUGGAACAGCAACUUCAAGGCCGCCUCUCGAAAGGCGGCAUUCCAAAAGCGCGUAUGGAUGCUCGCAAAAUGCAGAAGUCAGCUAUUCGUGCCUGCACUGACCUUUUAGUCGCUGCCGGAGGCUUCAAGUUUCGCAGAUCUGCAUUCCGUUGUGAAGAACCCAAGGUCACUCUGAUGGGACCAUCCACAAUGAGCGUCUCUGGUCAAGGAAUCCCAGUUGACUUCUCCGUCAAUUGUGCCACCCCUGGUUGCCACGCGGCACUCGUGACUGCUUGUGGAGAGAUUGAUCCCCGAUCUCGAGGGCUGAUAUUGCUAGUGAGGCGAUGGUCAAAAGAUCGCGGGGUGUGCCAUGUUGCGCGAGGACACCUGCCUCCAUAUGGAUGGACCCUUUUGGCCAUCUUUUUCCUCCAGGCAAAGGAAAAGCUACUGCCGCCCAUAAGCGGGAUGAAAAUUGGAAACGACUAUGUUGUGCAAACAAAUGGAACAGGUCAUUCUGCGGAGGGCACUGUUGGAAGCCUGUUCUCGAGGUUCAUAGGUUUCUACAGAAACGAGAUAGAUCUACAAAAGGAGGUUGUUUCACUCCGUUUGGGCACAAGAGAAACCAUCAGCCUCGGGCCAUUCGAUGAUGAAGCGGUUCGCCCACUUGUACAUAUCGAGGAUCCGUUCGAUGCUGAAAGAAACUUUGGAGCUGGUCUCAGCUCAGAGGGACUACAGCGUUUGCGGGAGGAACUCCUUCGGGCAGACAAGAUGCUCUUGGCGGGCGAAGAGGCCCUCCUCUCAGAAGUCCUCGAGCCAUGGGCUCCGCCGGACAAGCACCUCAUUCCAGAGGAAUUUCCAUCACGAGGCCUGCCUCCUGCGUGCUCUUGGUGCUCUUGUAAGUGAAUUGGACAUGAGAAUAGCGGUUGACGAAGUGGCAACGAAGGUGGUGCCGGGAGGCUUCUAAUAUCCCUCAUUUCUUUUGGUAGCGUGCUUUCAAGGAUUUGGC